AUGAUGCAGACUGCUAUAGAAUCCUGCAUAAAGAAAAAUUCAUUCAUUCAACAAAUAUGGACUGAAAAAGAAGAGUUGGAGCAACAAAUUGAAAUACUGAAAAAGCAGCUUGAGCAAGAGAAAAAAGAAGGUGCAAAAUUACAAGGGGAACUUCAUGCACUCAAAUCAAAAAGGAGACAGCUACAGGAACAACAUGGACUACUUGAAGGGGAAAAGUUGUCCUGCAUUGAGAGCAUGAAAGAAAAAGACACUGUUAUUGCCUCUUUGCAACAUGUGAUGGGAAAAAAAUUCAAACAAGGUGAACAAGAAGAAAUUCCGAUAAAAGAACAAGCUGAUAAGGAGAAAAAAGAUGAGAGAAUAGCAGAAGAAAGUGAAUUGGAGAUGCAAGAAUCUCCUAAUGAUGAAGAUGAGAACGCCGAUGGAAAAACUCCUGAAAAGUUAGUUAUCAUGCAAGCAAAAGAAGUAGGAACACGGCAGUUGCGUUCUGGCAUCAAAAUAAUCAAAGACAGAAAAGACAGAAAGCCUGCAAAGAAACCAGAUUACACAUACCCCGAAGCACAUAAGAAAGGCCGAAAAAGAGCAAGCCAAAGCGAAGAUGAAGCAGCCAACAAAAAAAAGGAGGACAAAGAUACAUACCUUCAGUUGCACAUGUAUGAGGUCUACAACAGGCUGGAUGAAAUAUCAAAGAAGAAGUUGGAAAAUUACUGGAAAUCUGCAUCUGAUUCUGAUGAGGACGCUUUUUACCUACAAAAUAGGACAAUAUUGUACAAACAUAACAUUGAAAAGCUGAUGGGAGAUGGUCCAAUUUCUGCACUAAUCAUCGAUGCUUAUAGAGAGGCACUUAAUGAUGAUGCGAAGCAGAACCCUCAGAAACAGAAAAAUGCAUAUUUGUCCGCCAAUAACUAUGUAAGAUCACAUCUAAUACAUCAAUUUUAUAUCAUCAACAUGCUCACUAAUCACCAACACAUGACUUUUGCAGAUGUUUUUGUGAGGAAACUAAGCACAUACUUGACUAUGAUGCAGGUUGAGACAGCAAAUAUAUUCCUCUGUCUUCUUAAGGAAUGUGCUGCAGUAUCACUGAAAACAAAACUCGUCCAAAUUCCUGAUUUUGAUGCCAAGAUGCCGAGAGGGCUUAAUGAAGCUUCAGCUAGAAUGAUAUCAAAAAUACUUGCCAGCAACGAACUUACACCAGAAUAUGCUCAGACAAUGAAGUAUCUGAUUUGUCAUGAUACUACUAACUUCAAGCUGACUGAGAACAGAGAAUGUCCCCAACAAGCAAACAAUUCCAAUGAUUGUGGCGUCUUUGUCAUGCACUUCAUGAAGCAGCUUUCCAAAGACCAACAAAUAGAAUCAGAUUUCAACAAAGAAAAGGUCUGGCAAAUGAGAAAAGAAGUCCUCAUGAAAAUUAUGAGAAAUGAAAGAAGUUGGAUUUCCAUCAAAGAAAGAGAAGAGAGAAAUGCAAAAUAA